AUGAAAUUGUGAUUUAUUCGAAAGAGCGUAUCCUCUACUUCGUUGAGGGUACAUGGCUUAAGUGGAUAAAGCUACAGUAUCUUCAGUCACAUUCUGAAAAUUACGCCGAACUCAAAUCUUUCAAAAUACCAUUCUAUCCUAUCCGGAUGUUUGUGAUAGACGAAGAAAGAGAAUUCAUGUACUUCAUAAGCAGACGUGAAAUUUAUCGUACAAACAUGGAAGGCAGUGGAUAUAUAGUUAUCACGGAAAUGGAGUUACCCCUUCAUGCUAUUAAUGGAUUUACUAUAGACCAAGAUCAGCGACUCUACUUCGCAUCAACCGUCUUUAACGGGGACAUUUAUUCCUACGACCUCAAGAGGGGUAACGGCGUGAAUCUUCUAGGGCACUUUAGGAAGAUGGGGGCCAUGAGCCUGGUGUAUACAUCUGGGUGGUUGCUUUGGAGGGACUGGAGGAGGCUGACUGUCUGCCUUACACCACUCUUCGAAGAAGAAGGGGGAAAGGGAAACACAACUUGUAAGCCAACGCAAUCGAUGAAUAAGGAAGAUAUUCGCAAUAUUCACCAGGAUUCCCAAAAGGGUAUGGUACUGCGAAAAGUAAAAAUCGUUUGAUCAAUUUCAUCCGGUGAUAGAUCCGCAUAUGCAGUGGCGUAACUAC